AUGGCGGUUCACGCAGACAGGGAAAGCCUAGAGAUCUCCGACGACUGCUCAGACGAUGGAUUCCCACGGUCGCCGCCAGGCUACUCCUACCGAAUGAAUAGGUACGCUCGCCCGCUCGUCGACUACGCGCGCAACGAAUGGCAAGCGAGAACCAAAUACACCGCCCUCUCCGUUUCCCCUGACGCUUCCGACUCCCCGCAAUGGGUGCAGAUGUUCAUGUCUAUGGUGAGGGCGCCGCGCUUUCGCCGAUACGCGAUUGUAUACCUGCUGCUCCUGGUGUCUUGUCUUGGGGGGUGGCUGUUUCUCUCGCCGCGGCUGGAGGAACAAGAGGCGCUGCUGCACUCGUUGGACCCGUCGACUAAGGACGAUGUGGGGGGUUGGUUUGGUAUGAAUGCACUGCCGAGAUUUGACAAUAUUACGCAUCUGAGGGAUCUGGAUACUUCGUUGUUGCCUGCCGUAAAGGCGCAGAAGGACGGACAGUCUAGCUCGCGGAGGUUGAUUUUCAUCGGAGAUGUGCAUGGCUGCAAGGAUGAGCUGGAACUCCUUCUUGACGAAGUCUCGUUUGACCACGACCGCGACCACCUCAUCUUCGCUGGCGACAUGAUCAACAAGGGCCCGGACAGCCCCGGGGUCGUCGACCUGGCCCGCCAGUACGCCGCCUCCUGUGUCCGGGGGAACCACGAAGACCGGGUGCUGCUGCUCCGCCACGACAUGGAGGCAUCGAAUACCCUCUCGCCGGACUCGGACGGCGAUAUCAGCCCAGAACUUUUCUUCGGGCUGAAAAAGAGGGAGCGCGCUCUCGCGCGCCAGUUAUCCAACGAACAAGUGCAGUGGCUUGACGCUUGCCCCGUCAUCCUGAACGUGGGCCAGAUCCCGGAAUUGGGACAGGUGGUCGUCGUGCAUGGGGGCUUGGUGCCGGGCGUGGAGCUCGACAAGCAGGAUCCCGCGAGCGUGAUGAACAUGCUGACCAUCGAUCUGGAUACCCAUGUGCCUAGCUCGACGCGGAACGGCACGAAGUGGACCAAGCUGUUCAAUAAACAUCAGUCUCUACUGUACUCUAGUCUGAAGGAUUCCGUGCCGGACCCAAAGUCGCAGGUUAUGACUGUGAUUUACGGUCAUGAUUCGAAAAAUUCCUUGUCGCUCAAGACGUAUACCAAGGGUCUGGACUCUGGGUGCGUCAAGGGUGGGAAGUUGACGGCUAUGGUUGUCGAAGACGGCGGGAAGCAGAGCGUCAUCCAGGUGAGAUGUCGCAAUCAUCUGAAGGAGUAG